UUGAUGGUACAGAGAAAAACCUCUUAUGCACACGUGGUUUUACUUACAAAAACAUCUUAAGUGAUUUGUGAAGCAGGAUUUGAAACACAAACAUGAACAUGAGAUCGAUGAAGAAGGGGAAGGGGAAGGAGAAGGAGAAGGAGAAUGUAAUCUUUGCGACAAGCCCUGUCAGUGGCGAAGACAGCGACGAGAAGCAGCAGCAACACGCUUCCUUUCCCUCUGUCAAUACUCGCAACGCUUCCUCCAAAUAUGAUUUCGUCAAGGUAAAGGUGUGGUUGGGUGAUAAUGCUGAUCACUACUAUGUUCUGUCCAGAUUUUUGCUCAGUAGAAUGCUAACAGUAACCAAGAUUCCAAACCAUGAAGCUAUUAAAAUUGCUCUUGAACUCAAGAAGCUGCUCGUAGACAACAGCCUUCUAGAUGUCUCUCAGUCCGAUUUGGAAGUCAACCUAUUUAAGCUUAUGGAGCGGAGGGGAUAUGGAGAAGAGUACAUAAAUCGUUAUAAGAUGAUGACAAGCUUUCACCAUCAAAGAGUUCCAUUGGUAAUCCUUGUCUGUGGAACUGCUUGUGUUGGGAAGUCUACUAUUGCCACCCAGCUUGCUCAGAGGCUAAAUUUGCCAAAUGUAUUACAGACAGAUAUGGUUUAUGAAUUGUUGCGCACAUCAACAGAUGCACCAUUAGCAUCGACUCCUGUAUGGGCCCGAGAUUUCAGUUCGUCAGAGGAGUUAAUAACUGAAUUUUGCAGAGAAUGCAGGGUUGUUCGUAAAGGUUUGGCUGGUGAUUUGAAAAAAGCAAUGAAAGAUGGAAAGCCAAUUAUAAUUGAGGGAAUACAUUUGGAUCCUAGCAUUUAUUUAGUGGAUGAUGAGCAAAAAUCACCGGAGGUAGAUGCAGAAAAUAAAGCGGUAAAUCCAACAUCAGUGACAUCAGAUGAUAACGCUACUGUACAAAUUAAUAAUAUUCACGUCGGUGGUGGUGAUGAGAGGAUUUCUAGCUCCAAUGAGGGAGUAUCUGUUGCCCAGGUGGAUGCAGUAUCAAAUUCUAUGGCAUCAAUUGGCCUAAUUGGAAACAUCUCUGGACGCAAAGGUGCUUCUCUUAAAGAACUGGAGACAGACAAAACUGCAGUUAAUAAGGAUAAAUCAGGUCCCAAACCAAUAGUUGUGCCUAUUGUUUUGAAGAUGGCUGAAUUUGAUCAUAAGGCAUUACUUGAGGAGUGGAUCUACACUUGGACAGUCAAUGAUAAAUGCCCGGACCUGGAUGAUGAUAAGCUUAUAGCUAACUUAAAAACCAUACAGGAUUAUCUGUGCUCGUUCACAUCACAGGGGUUAACUGUGGUCAAUGUAUCAGCGACAACAUUUCCUCAAGCACUGGAUUGGCUCCAUGGUUACCUUCUUCAGUGCAUCGAGCAAGGUACUUCAUUAGGGUCACAUGAAAAUGUUACACCAACACAAGUAGCUGGAGCAUAGGCAAUGUAAUGAAUGAUUCCAAAUUUGACAGAUUGAACUUCACAUUGUAAGUGGAUGAUGGUGGAGAAUAAAUUAUCAAGUCAAAAGGGAAAUUAGUCUGUUCAAGUAUGAUGCUCACUCUGCCAGCCCACUGUUAAAAGCUACCCUAAUCUUGUGAGGAGAUCAUGGCUUGGGAAAAGAAAGCCCCGUGAAAGUUGUAAUUAUUGCAUUAUCAACAUUUGCUAUUCAAUUAAUUGUAUGAUUAUGUUCUUUGACAUUGAAUCCCAUGCUUCCAUAUCCAUUGCAUUAUGAGUACCCUGAAACAGGGAAAUUUCUAGGAUUCUCAGGAGUAUAUAUUCAUUCUGUUAAAUAAUGACAUCCAUACCAGUACGAUUAGUUAUCA